CCCAGGCUGCCAUUGGAGAGCCCGUUGGCAAGAGCGAACAGGACGCAGACGCAGGAGAUAUCCCGACGAACGCAGUGUCCAUCACUUCAUCUGAUGUAACCAGACAGCGCAUGUUGGAGGCAGUCAUCUAACAACAGCAACUUCGUUAUAAAAAGAGACAAAAGAAGGCGAGAAAAUGGGACAUACCGCAAUACCUAUAUUGAUGGCUGUAUUGUCCUGCUGCGUGUGGAAAAACGUCGAGGCUCUGGCCAUGACCGAGGUGAACGGGCCAGGCCCCCAGGUGGCAGAGCCGCAGAUUGCCAUGUUCUGUGGCCGUCAGCUCCUGCACAUGAACCUACAGACUGGCCAGUGGGAGCCGGAUCCUCAGGGCCGCCAGGGCUGCUUCAAAGAGCCCGGCGAAAUCCUGUCCUACUGUCAGGAGAUGUACCCAGCACUUCCGAUCUCCCAUAUAGAGGAAUCAAAAAGACCUGUCACCAUCCCUGCCUGGUGUAAGAAGGGUUGGGGCCACUGCCAGACGCACCCCUUCAUAGUCCUGCCCUACCGCUGUCUAGAGGGCGAGUAUGUGAGUGAAGCCCUGCUGGUGCCCGACCGAUGCCGUUUCCUCCACCAGGAGCAGAUGGAUGCUUGCGAGAGUUACGUGUACUGGCACAACAUUGCUAAGGAGGAGUGCACUGCAGACAAUCUGGAGCUCCACAGCUACGGGAUGCUUUUGCCAUGUGGAGACCACUUCCGGGGGGUCGAGUACGUGUGCUGCCCAGGCCGAGGGAGUUCCAGCGGGAAAGGAGAGACGGAGGAAAGGGAAAUCCCUGCUGGUCCUCAGACACUCUCCUCCCAGACCAGUGGAAAGCUCAUUUCUGUAACCAAAGUGACAGCACCCACUCCGAGCCCCUCUCCCGACACAGAUGUGGACGAGGCCGAUAUGGAGGAGGAGGACGAUGAAGUAGUGGAGGAGGAGGAGGAGGAGGAGGAAGAAGAAGAGGAGGAGGAGGAAGUUGAUGAGGAGGAGGUGGAAGAAGAGGAAGAAGAAGAGGCAAUAGCUGUGAAAGACCCAGAGGAGUACGAGUACAACAUUGACUCAGGUCCGUACCCGAAAUUAGACUAUCUGGACUCCUCCUACUACGAGAAAAGCCACAAACCAACCACCUCCUCACCUCUCUUGAGGGGAGACAGCUUGACUACACCUCGGCCCACAGAUGGCGUUGAUGUUUACUUCGAGAAGCCGGUGGAUGACACUGAACAUGCCAACUUCCUGCGUGCCAAAACAGACCUGGAGGAGCGCAGGAUGCAGCGCAUCAAUGAGAUCAUGAAGGAAUGGGCGGAGGCCGACAAUCAGUCAAAGAAUCUGCCAAAGUCAGAGCGACAGGCCCUGAAUGAGCACUUCCAGUCUGUGCUGCAAACGCUGGAGGAACAGGUCGCUGGAGAGAGGCAGAGGCUGGUGGAGACUCAUCUUGCCAGAGUGGAGGCCAUCCUCAACAACAAUCGCCGCCUGGCGCUGGAGAACUACCUUACCGCUGUACAGUCUGAACCGCCUCAGCCGGAGCGUGUGCUGCAGGCUCUGAAGCGAUACAUGGCCGCAGAGCAGAAGGACCGCAGACACACACUCAGGCAUUACCAGCAUAUUGUGACUGUCGACCCCCAGAAGGCUGAGCAGAUGAAAUUCCAGGUGUACACACAUCUCCAUGUAAUUGAGGAGAGGAUGAACCAGAGUCUUGCACUGCUGUACAAGGAUCCCACCUUAGCUGAGGAGCUGCACAAUGACAUCCAGGAGCUCGUCAAGGCAGAAAGAGGAGACAUCAGUGAGCUCAUGACCACCUCCUUCUCCGAGACCCGCACUACUGAGGAGCUUCUGCCGGCUGAGAGCGAGGAGGAAAAAGAUGAUGAGGAGGAAGAGGAGAGAGCCUUCCAGAACAGGCCUUAUCCUCCCCGCAUUGAGCUGCAGUCUAAUAAGAAAGUGCCUGCAGUGGAUGAAUAUGAUUAUACCACGUCUGAGAGAGGCCCCACUUAUGAAUAUGAGGAAAAGAUCAACACCUCUGUGGAGCUCAAGCAGGUCGUCAAUAAGCCUCCUGAGAUCGAGAGAGAUGAGCUGCAACCCGAUGCCCUGGAGACGUUUAACCGUGGCGCCAUGGUGGGGUUGCUCGUGGUGGCUGUGGCCAUCGCCAUGGUGAUGGUAAUCAGUCUGCUGCUGGUGCGCAGGAAGCCAUACGGCACUAUCAGUCAUGGCAUCGUAGAGCAGGUCGACCCCAUGCUGACACCAGAAGAACGACAGCUCAACAAAAUGCAAAACCACGGCUAUGAAAACCCCACCUACAAAUUCUUUGAACAGAUGAACUGAGGUACCGGGGCUGCCAACAAGUCAUGCCUGACCACUUGUUUUUGUCCCCACCCUCCCCCACUCUUCCUUACAGUGGUGUCCCAGCUACACUCCCUUUGACGGAUUUAUGAUGUGUUGCAAACAUAAAGUAACUGAAUAAGUACGGGGUACGUCCCAAACCCAUUGUAAAUGACCGACAACAACCUAUCAUCAUAACCAGAAUGUGAAUAAUGAGAUAUGAUACAAACUCACAUCACCUACUGUAAUCUUAUACUCCUCUGGGUUAGAGUCUGAGGAUUGUUCUCUCCAUUAGCGGUGCCACAGCGUUUCAUAAUCCUGAAAAACAUUCACCUCAUAGACAGAAAAACCAUCCCAGUGGCAUGACUUGACCUAUUGCUCCUCACUAGAAACUGAAGUUGAACGGUGCAUAAUGCUUUAUAGUAUUUAUUUUUCAGUAGUGGUCUCUUUCGUUCAAAUUGUACCACAGUUAGAUAUAAUGUAUCUGUGUAGAUGAGUGUGAGUGACAGCCUAGUUCAAUAAAUGAUGGUGUAAUUCUCAAAUUGAAACCUACUCAGUGAUAAAAGGGCAAUUACAACGCUGACUCUAUCCUUACCUCGGUGAGCUACUGUAACAUUGGACAAUACCUCUAAUAUUAAGACAUGAACAUUAGGUGAGGAUGUGGAGGUGCUUUCUUUGAAUGUGUGAGACAUUUAGGCUUUAAUUUUAAAACAUAGAAGGCCAAAAAAACCACACUAGUCGAUACAGAACUAUGUGCUGGUGGUACAAAAAAAAAAAAUCACGUUUUUUUUAUUUUUAUUCUGAGGAUCUGCCCUCGAUAUUAUUAAUAAUUAUUUGGCAAAAUAUACCAAAUAUUCCACUUAGCUAAUUUAGUCAGUGAAUGAGUUUAUUUUAUCUGUACUGCUACCUAAAGAACUGUACAACAGAAUAAUCAGAAGUCCGUUAUUUUAAUGAAAGCAUGACAACUUGGUGUAUGAUACUGCUGUAUUUAUUUGUGUUGUUCUUGUCAUUGCUUUUGAAAAGUCGGAAAUGUCACCGUUCAAAAAUGGACACUGUAAAUAACGUAAGAAAUACAUACUACUAGGUGUAGACAUUUCUAUGAUUAAUUUGCAUCGAUGUAAUGGAAUAAUACAUAAAAAUAGUACAUUGUGCUGUUACGAGAAGGAGAAACAUUUUCCUAACAUGGCUGAUUGAAAACGGACUGUUGUAAAAACCAGCACAAGACAACGACACAGUAACUUCUUUCUGAAUGUAUUUAAGGUAGACGUUGAGAUUACAUCUUCUUUUUAGUACUGCAUCAUCCCCCCCCUAGUAGACCUAAAUAGGAGUAGUGACGUUCAACACAUCCAACAGACAGACGACAUGCCUGGUGCCCUUCUCAACACUUCCUGUAGCAGCCUGUUCGUGCUCACAUUUGGCAGGCAUGUAACAGAGCGGAGGAACUCAAUGCUUAGGCGUGUUAUACUGUACGGAGCAGCUGCAGGUAAAGAGGCCACAGCUAUAGUGCAAUGUGAAAUGUCAGUGUGCGUAGUAAAAACUGAACACACUCAGGCAUGAUAGUAGUAAAACAUGCUGUUUGUCUUUAAAUCUCCCAGUUUGACAAAUCUGGACUCAACAACAUUGAAUGUUAGUACUCUAUAGAUGCUAUAUUUAAGUUACUGUCCUCUUAAAUAGCUUUUCACUGAAUGACUCAAUGUAGUUUGUCAUAUUUAUGAUCAACAUAGUACCCUGUAUAGGUAAGUAAAAA